UGCGCCGCCGCGAGUAGACGGCGCUCCGCUGCUGCCUCGGUUUCUACUUGGCCGGCGGCGGCCUUGCGGGGAGGAGGGGAGCCGGGUCCAGCAUGAGGCGGUCCGUGGCGUCGAUGGUGGUGGCGCAGGUGGCGCCGGGGCCCCUGCUGCGGUGCCACGGCUCGGCGGCGCCCCCAUGGCUGUCGUCGUUGUCGCCCUUCUUCCUGCACCGCCGCGCCUCGGCGAGUUCCGGAUGCAGGAGGCAGGAGCAGGACUAUGAGAAUAGCUCAGAUUUGGCAGUUCUAGGAAGCAGUGGUUUCAAGCUUCAAUUCUAUCCCAAAUUAAACGUGAGGAAUAUUGCACAAGAAUGGGUUCAAGAGACCUGGAGGCUGUUCUAUCUCAAAAUUGCCAACAAUGUCACAAAUAACAUCUAUAAGCGAAGCACUCUACUAUUGGCUGGAAAUGUACAAGAUGAUAUCUUUGAAGAUCGCAGGGGUUUGAACUACCUUUACUUGCAGAACCUGAGAGAGCGUGUACCAUCCCAAUCGACUGUGAAUAGACAUGGUGAUGAUCAACAACUGGUCGGGCAUAGGAUGGUAAAUCAGCCUGUGCAAUCAGUGCCAGCUCCAGUAAGUGUUGUUAAUGAUAGUCCCAAGUGUUUGAGCAUGCCUAGAGCCUCUAAGGUGAUAAAUCUAACACCUUGGCAUGACUAUGCACCAGCAGAGGAUCCUUUGCUUGAUAAAUCUAAUACAGAGGUAAUUUUGGAGCUUGAUGAUGACAACAAGGAGAAGAAACUUCGGUCAAAAAAAAGAAGGGAGAAGAAACUUGUGGUAAAAAAGGUGGUUUCACCUUUGCCAACUAAAGCAGCCUUCUCUGAGGAAUCUUUGAAAGCACGGAAGGCACUUGCUAGCAUCUACGACAGAGUUUUGGUAGUUGACAAUAUCGAGUCAGCUAGGAGCAUUGUUAAACUGCUCACUACAAAGUACAAGAGCUUUAUUCAUGCAUGUCACACACAGGUAGCAGAUAUUGAUGACCAAAAAAUGACACCAGUUGGUCAUGGAGAAGUAAUAUGCUUUAGCAUCUAUUCAGCAAAUUCUGAUGUACAGGCAGCUGAUUUUGGAAAUGGCAAAACUUGCAUUUGGGUUGAUGUACUAGAUGGUGGAAGGGGUGUCCUGAUAGAGUUUGCUCCUUUCUUUGAAGAUCCAUCCAUCAAGAAGGUUUGGCAUAACUAUAGUUCUGAUAGCCAUGUCAUUGAGAAUUAUGGAAUCAAAGUUGCUGGGUUUCAUGCUGAUACAAUGCAUCUUGCACACCUUUGGGAUACAUCAAGAGAUAAUGAUUGUGGAUAUUCACUUGAGGGACUUACAAAUGACCGUAGAGUCAUGGAUACUGUUCGAGAGGAUUUACCUAAACUUGGAAAGAUGUCAAUGAAAACCAUCUUUGGCAGGAAAAAUGUUAGAAAAGAUGGAUCUGAAGGGAAGGUUGUAUCUAUUAAGCCAGUCAAAGAGUUACAAAGGGAAGCCAGAGAGUUAUGGAUUUGUUAUUCUUCUCUAGAUUCAGUGAGCAGAUUGAGACUUUAUGAGAGCUUAAAAAGCAAGCUUGAAACAAGGAGAUGGGUCUUGGAUGGUUAUCCUAGGGGCACCAUGUACGAUUUCUAUGAACAGUAUUGGCGACCCUUUGGUGCCCUACUCGUGAAGAUGGAAACAGAGGGCAUGCUUGUUGACCGUGGUUAUCUUUCAGAGAUAGAAAAGACUGCUAUUGCUGAACGGCAACUAACUGCAGAUAAGUUUCGGAAAUGGGCAUCUAAAUAUUGUCCUGAUGCCAAGUACAUGAAUGUGAAAAGCGCUAUUCAAAUUCGCCAACUUCUCUUUGGUGGCAUUAAAAAUAGACACAGACCUGGUGAAACUUGGCCACAGAGUAAAACUUUUAAAGUGCUAAAUGAAGAAAAUGUUGCUACAGAGGGUAAGAAGACGUCAAAGUAUCAUACUAUUGAACUUUACGGUAUUGUUGAAGAUCUGAAAACUGAUAAGUUCACCCCGAUUGGCUGGCCAAAAACCAGUGCAGAUGCAUUGAGAAGUUUGGCUGGUGAAAUACCUACAAAAUAUAUUUACACAAUGGAUGAUAUCCAAGAGGACGAUGAAGAUACAAGUGGUUCAGAAAACCCGGAUGGAGAUUCCUCUUAUGGAACAGCAUAUGAAGCGUUCGGUGGAGGAAAGAAUGGAAAAGAAGCAUGCCAUGCAAUUGCAGCUUUACAUGAAACAUCUUUUAUUGGUUCAUCGAUAUCCAAUUUCAUUCUUAAGUUGCAGCGAGAUCAUAUAUCAUGUGCGGAGGGGCGCAUUCACUGUUCAUUAAAUAUCAAUACUGAGACAGGGCGCUUGUCAGCGAGAACACCAAAUCUACAGAACAUACCUGCCUUCGAGAAGGAUAGGUAUAAGAUUCGCCAAGCUUUUGUUGCAGCUCCAGGGAAUUCUCUUAUUGUUGCAGAUUAUGGUCAGCUGGAGCUUAGGAUCUUAGCCCACCUUACUAAUUGUAAAAGCAUGCUGGACGCUUUCAAGGCCGGUGGUGAUUUCCAUUCUAGGACAGCCAUGAAUAUGUACCAACAUAUCCGUGAUGCUGUCCAUGAGAAGAAAGUUCUUCUUGAGUGGCACCCUCAACCUGGUCAAGAGAAACCUCCAGUGCCGCUAUUGAAGGAUGCUUUUGGCGCAGAGAGGAGGAAAGCUAAAAUGCUUAGUUUUUCCAUUGCUUAUGGAAAGACAGAGGAAAGGCUAUCCGAAGAUUUGAAGGUUUCCAAAGAGGAGGCAAGGGAUACAUUGAAUCUCUGGUAUAGAGAUAGACAAGAAGUGUUCGCUUGGCAAAAAAUUCAGAAGAAGCUUGCACGCGAGAAAUGCGAAGUCUACACUUUGCUUGGGCGGUCGCGCCAUUUUCCUAACUUGACUUGGAUUGAUCCUGGUAAACGAGAGCGUGCUGCUAUAAAUGCACCAGUGCAGGGAAGUGCAGCAGAUGUUGCUAUGUGUGCCAUGCUUGAGAUCGAAAGGAAUGCCCGCCUUAAGGAGCUUGGUUGGAGGCUCUUGUUGCAGGUGCAUGAUGAACUGAUACUGGAAGGGCCUUCAGAAUCUGCAGAGGAGGCCAAGGCUAUAGUGGUGGAGUGUAUGUCCAAACCUUUCUACGGAACCAACAUUUUGAAAGUCGACCUGGUUGUUGAUGCCAAGUGUUCAAAGAACUGGUAUGCUGCCAAAUAGUCUGAGCAGAUGCUGUCAUCCCCGACUACAACUGAGCACACACCACCCACCACAACAGUAAACCGUGGAUCAAAAUAGGAUGCCUCAAGCCACCAGCGAUUCAGAUACAAAACCCUCACGCCCGGGCUAGCAGUUAUUGGGGAAACGCCGCAUACUCAACUAAGCCUUACCACCAUAUCGGUUCCAUGGUUGCGCUGUUGUCUUGGGUGGUCGUCCACGAACUAGUCCUCAUUGGAAACACUCGAGACAACAACACGACUACCACCUGCUCAAGGUUCUAGUACCUAGGUUGCUAAUCAACAGGUUAACCAUUAACCCACAAUUUAAAGUAGAUCAUUAAGCAUGUUUGUAGUAGGACCAGUUCCCAACCAUUCCCAAAAGAGCGCUAGCAGGACUCCUACAUCCCAUCUCGACACUACUACGGCGACAAGGACAAUAUGGAAUACUAGGUAAAGCUAUACAUAGGAUGCAGUUUAGUUAGCAAUGGAUAAAGUGAUAAAGAGUAGGCACAGAAUGCAUCAAGGGACACCUGCCUUCUUCCUGAUAUUGAUACUGCUCAGAGGUGUCCAACCCUUUGUUCUUGGAAGUAAAAGGUCUAACAUCAGCACAUCAAAGCGCGUUCCGGGCCCUGGCGCGCCACGCCGGCGAGGCUCCUGGCGGAGCCGUUCGUCACCGGAUCGUCGACGUCGGGCUGUGCUCGGGCGUGGCCGGCGGUGAUCGGCAACCGGUGUUUCUGCAGCUGUGCCAGGAGCGCCGCGUCGUGUCCACGCCAGAGAAGGCUGCGUUAACCGGCAACGCCGCUGCUGCAGUCUGCAGAGGGACUGACGCUCAGGAUUGUCCGACUGCCAAAGUUGCGGUCACUAUAGGGACUGCACCUGAUGAUCUCGGUCCGCCCGGGAGGGCACGACGUGCCGGGAGCCGUACCUGCUGUGGUUCAGCCCGCUGUUCGCGGAGAUCGCCGGCGAGGUCACGCCGACGGCCGUCCGCAUCGGCGGCGCCAUGUUCCACGGCUCGACGGUGCGGGGGCACAGGUGGCUGGACUCGGUCUUCUUCCUCAUGAACCCGGCGCCGUGGUACGAGAUCCAGCUCCUCGCGCCGGUGGCCACCAGCUCUGCGGUGAGAGAAAAAGCACUGAUUGACCAGUAAAAAGGGCGCCAUGAACGUAUCGUUGUGCGGCGUUCCUGUCAGCAACUCCAAAGUUAUCUUGAAAAUAUUUAGAUGGAGUAUAAAGUGAAAUCCAUGGAAGUAAAAAGCUAUGUUUGAGUUUUGUGUGGAUCCUGGCAGGGAAAUUUUUUUUGGUGUAUGCAAGUGUGUAUUACGGACUGCCUUGUUCGUAUCCGGAUUGAGUAUAAAGUGGAGAGUCUGCAAGUAAAAAGUAGUGUUUCGUUGGUGACAGUAACGUGGAAUUUGAAUAAUAUUCAGCGCUCCAGGCGAUGCCUCUGCCGGACCUCCAAUGAGUCACCGUAAAAAUCUAGUUUUGCAUCUUUGGACUGUAAAAACUAUCUCCAGCAUUAUUGCAUAGCUGUUUCUAAUACCUGCUGGUCUCCACCAUAAAUUACUUGAUUGUGUAAAGGCUUUUUAUGGUACAUAUAGUUCAACGUGAUCGACGUUCCA